CGCUCCCGCUGCUCCCGGGCUCAGAUCGGCAGCGCUGCAGGCAGCACUGGCUUGCGCAGUCCCCGCGCGCGCUGCGCACUCAGGCCCAACCUGCGCAGAUGGAGCCCCGGUCCCGGCAGCGGCGGAGCCGCCAGCUUGUGGCCACCUUCCUGCGCGACCCAGGCUCGGGCCGCGUGUACCGCCGCGGGAAGCUGAUCGGCAAGGGCGCCUUCAGCCGCUGCUACAAGCUCACGGACAUGUCCACCAGCGCCGUGUUCGCUCUUAAGGUGGUGCCGAGGGGCGGAGCGGGGCGGCUGCGCCUGCGCGGGAAGGUGGAGCGUGAGAUCGCCCUGCAUAGCCGCCUGCGCCACCGCAACAUCGUGGCCUUCCACGCACACUUUGCUGACCGCGAUCACGUGUACAUGGUGCUGGAGUACUGUAGCCGCCAGUCCUUGGCUCAUGUGCUGAAAGUGCGGCGGACUCUGACAGAGCCUGAAGUGCGCUAUUACCUUCGGGGCCUGGUCAGUGGCCUGCGCUACCUGCACCAACAACGCAUCGUGCACAGAGACCUGAAACCCAGUAAUUUCUUCCUUAACAAGAACAUGGAGGUUAAGAUAGGUGACCUGGGGCUGGCUGCCCGUGUGGGGCCUGCUGGUCGCUGCCACAGGGUGCUCUGCGGGACUCCAAACUUCCAGGCACCUGAAGUGGUGUCCCGAAAUGGACACUCGUGCAAAUCUGACAUCUGGGCUUUGGGGUGCAUCAUGUACACGGUGCUGACAGGCACGCCACCCUUCGCCGCGGCACCCUUGUCAGAGAUGUACCAAAACAUCCGUGACGGCCACUACCUCGAGCCUACUCACCUGUCACCCAGCGCCCGCAGCCUCAUUGCACGGCUCCUGGCACCGGACCCCGCCGAGCGGCCCAGCCUGGACCACUUACUGCAAGAUGACUUCUUCAGUCAGGGCUUCACCCCGGAGCGGCUGCCUCCACAUUCCUGCCACAGCCCGCCUGUGUUUGCCUUUCCCCCACCGCUGGGCAGGUUGUUCCGGAAGGUGGGCCAGCUCCUGCUAACCCAGUGCCGGCCACCUUGUCCCUUUACCUCAAAAGAGGCCUCAGGCCCUGAAGAAGAGGGCACAGAACCAGACCACAUGGAGGCCAGCAACGAGGAAAGGGAUCCUCUCUGCACCGAGGGCCGAAUCCACCUCCUCACCCUUGGGACCCCGCGGACUGGCCUGGCGGGCCCAAAGGGGAGCUUGGCCCUGCAGCUGGAAGUGGCAACCAGAAAACUGUUCCUCUGCUUGGACGCAGGACCUAUGGCUGGACAGGAACCCCCAGGGGAGCAGCGGCCUGUUCUCUGGGCUCCUAAGUGGGUGGAUUACUCCCUCAAGUAUGGCUUCGGCUACCAGCUGUCGGAUGGGGGCAGUGGGGUGCUGUUUCGGGAUGGCUCCCACAUGGCCCUGCACCCCCAAGGCGGCCAUGUCUCCUACCAACCUGACCAAGGGACUCUCUGGACCUUCACCCUAAGGGACGUCCCCAGCCCACUUCGUGCCAAGCUGGCUGUCCUGCGGCUCUUUGCCUGCUACAUGCAGCGGCGUCUGCGGGAGGAGGGAACUGUGCCCAUGUCUGUCACACCUGCCUCUCCUGACAUCUCUCUGCUGAGCUUCAUUGCUGACUCCCAGGCUAUGGUCAUGCUGUUUAGCAAUGGGACAGUGCAGGUCAGCCUCAAAACCUCCCAAACCCAGAUGGUGCUGAGUGGGGAAGAGGAGAACCUCCUGCUCACCCUCCAGGAGCCGGGGAGACCCGCUGUGGGCGUCUCAUACACACUCGAUGUCCUGCAGAGCCAUGGCUUCACCCUUGCAGUCCACCAUCACCUGCGCCAUGGCCUGCAUCUGCUCCAGAGUGUCUGAGGUCUGAGCAGACCUCUGCGUGCUGGCGUGGAGACCUGGGAUCUGUUUCUGUCUGUGCUAAUGCACCACAGCCAGUGUCCAUGAAGGGUUGACACAACGGGGUCACUGAUGGGUGGGGGUCUUUGAUUAUUUAUAGUAUGACUAUUCAAGCUAGAAUUUUGUUGGAUUUUCACUAAAUAAAAUAGAAUCCUUUAAACUGG